AUGAUUGAUCUUUGUGAGGUUUUCACGCUCCAAGAAGGUCAAAGUCCUAUAAGAUCGGCUACGAACUCAUGGCAAUUUUUCAUAUUUAACGUAGUACCUUUUAUUUGCUUGUUCAUCCAGGCCAACAUCAUGCCAGGUUUGCUGGGUAAGCACGCUCGUGGGGAUAAUAUUUGGAGUGAACUACUAACAAAUAUAGUCAUCGUUGGAUUGGCCAUAGUUAGUGUGGUUUUCUUCGGCUGGAGACUAUACAAUAACGUCAAAGAUGAUCGGGGUUUGGCUUCGUGUUUUUCACCAUCACACCGGAGCAUAUUUCGUUUAAGCGAAUCAGUUCAGGAUGGAAACGCACCAAGAGAUCUCGAGAACCAAUAA